GUCAAUUUCUCUGCACAGGAAUUUAAAAAUUUCUCGAAAAUUACCUAAGACAAAAAGCUUCGAAGAAUCAAAAAGAAUUUAACUUUCUACUUAGAAUGGCUUUAAACAAAUUAAGUAUUGAUGCACUUAACUUAACCGGCAAAAGAGUUCUAAUGCGUGUGGAUUUCAAUGUACCGCUUAAAGAAGGAGUGAUUACAAACAACCAGCGCAUUGUAGCUGCCUUAGAUUCCGUUAAAUAUGCUUUGGAUAAAGGCGCUAAAUCAGUUGUACUUAUGUCGCAUUUGGGUAGACCGGAUGGCCAGGUAAAUCUCAAGUACACCCUCAAACCAGUCGCUGAAGAGCUAAAAAAAUUGCUGAACAAGGAUGUGACAUUUUUGAAUGACUGCAUAGGCCCGGAGGUUGAAACAGCAUGUGCUAAUCCUUCAGCUGGUUCAAUUAUCCUACUGGAGAAUCUUCGCUUCCACAUUGAAGAGGAAGGCAAAGGUGUAGAUGCUUCAGGUGCUAAAGUGAAGGCUGAUCCAGAAAAAGUUAAAGCCUUUAGGGCAAGCUUGAGAAAACUUGGUGAUGUCUAUAUUAAUGAUGCUUUUGGUACUGCACAUAGAGCGCACAGUUCAAUGGUGGGAGAAGGUUUUGAGCAGAGGGCCAGUGGUUUCUUACUAAAGAAAGAGCUUCAAUACUUUGCCAAAGCUUUACAUGAACCUGAGAGGCCCUUCCUGGCUAUCCUUGGUGGAGCUAAAGUAGCAGACAAAAUCUUACUUAUAGAAAACCUGCUUGAUAAAGUAAAUGAAAUGAUAAUUGGAGGGGGUAUGGCAUACACAUUCUUGAAGGAAACCAAAGGAAUGCCGAUUGGUAAUUCCCUGUAUGACGCUGAGGGUGCUAAAAUUGUGACAAAACUAUUGGAAAAAGCUGAGAAAAACAAUGUUAAAGUUCACCUGCCUGUUGAUUUUGUGACAGCUGAUAAAUUUGAUGAAAAUGCCUCGGUGGGAGAAGCUAAUGUAGAAACCGGAAUUCCUGAUGGAUGGAUGGGACUCGAUGUUGGACCGAAAUCACGAGAGCUCUUCGCAGAUCCUAUUGCCAGAGCUAAAGUUAUUGUGUGGAAUGGACCUGCUGGCGUGUUUGAGUUUGAGAAAUUCGCAGGUGGAACCCGAGCCAUCAUGGAUGGUGUCGUAAAGGCUACAUCCAAUGGAACCGUCACAAUCAUUGGUGGUGGUGAUACUGCAACGUGUUGCGCCAAGUGGGGAACAGAGGACAAGGUCUCGCACGUCUCUACUGGCGGUGGAGCUUCUCUGGAGUUACUCGAAGGAAAAGUGCUUCCCGGUGUUGCCGCUCUUUCAGAUGCAUAAAUCAAUAAAACAUGGUAGUAGUAAUAUUUAUUUAGGCCUUAAACAAAACACACUUUGUUUAAGACAACAAAUAUCGAAAGUAAUGUGCAAAUAACUGUAUUGUGAAAGCUUUUCUAUUUUGUAAGUGAAAGUGCAAUAUGUACGACUAUGACUAUGGAAAUUAUAAAAUUAUGUAAGAAAAUAAAUAAAUUUUGAUUUU